CCCACACAGCCUCUCAUCCUCGGGCUCUUCGGGUCGCCCAGCCAGCCAGCCAGCCAGCCAGCCUGCCAGCCAACCAGCCAGCCAACAGUCGAAAUCAGCUGACUAUUACGGCGAGCAGUUGCUACCACGGCUCCUCAAACGCGAUACUGUUCAGGCAUCGGACGGUAACGGGUCAAGAUGUUGGGCAACUUGGUGAACUACCUGUUCGGAGGGAACUUCUCCGGUACACAGGACUCGCUCGAGAGCGAUCCUUUAACGUCUCGCUCGAUAAUGCGAAGAUUCAGGCAGAUGGAGGUCGAGGGCGAUGAUUGGAUCCUCAUUAACCGAGCUGCUGAGGGCACGUCGGCGCUGGAGGAGUCGUGGUACGUAACACCACCCGCAUGCUUCACGCAGGUGGGACCCGUAAUCGUGGAGACAUCGCCUAUGGAGAACCUGCUAAUAGAGCACCCCAGCAUGUCCGUCUACCGUGCGACGACGUCUCACGUUGCUCCUGACACUCCGCCUCCCACGCCAGACACGACAGAAGAGCUCGAAGAGCCAGUAGGCAUUCUCUUGGUACCGCUCGCUCUUAUGUCCUCCACGUCCACGCUAUCCACCUCGUCCACGUCCUUGGACUCCAGUCCAGACCGAGAUCGCAACCCCGACCUCAACGAAUUCGCGCACAGAACCGCCAUCCACGAUGACAGACCGCUCGCGUCUGAAAGAAGUGAGAAUAGAGUUAGGAUAACGAAUCAGCUCCGUUCCGCUCAAAAGAUGCUGCAAAAACGCUCAUCUCAAAAGUUGAAGAAAGGCCGUCUGGAGAGAAGCAACAAAGUACGGCAAAUCACAGGCAAGCGUCUUCGUCGCCAGGAUCGUUUGCGCAUUCAGAAUAGUGGCGCGAACAACAACCGGAAAUGCUAGUCAUCUGAUCUCAGGCCAAGCUGUACUUAACUUCUUCCUAAAAAAAAAAACAAAAAAACAAACGCGACGACCAAGGCGACAAAUAGCUGCUCGGCAAAGUUUCAUUGCAACGACGAUCGACUGGAA